AUGCGGAUACCUCUACGACCAACUCUUGCAUUCGAUCUCGCACUGCUGCAACGCCCCUCGUCCGGCUCGGCGCCUCCGCUCGUCUUUAUCGACGAGGAGCCCUUCCUGAUCGAACUACAAGGCGCACUCGAACUACCCCACACUGGGCAGGAGGGCACGAUGGAACAGCUGGCAGGGGCCCAUGUUGGCAAGAUCGACAUUGAUGAACCCGUCAGUCUAACAUGGGUGGCUCGGGGUGGAAUUUGGCCCGGAUCUGACUCGGGCUCCUUUGUCCCAUCAGCACAAGCCCAUCUUGAGAAUAUCGCACCAUCGACUCGAAGGCAAGCUUGUCACAUUGACCGAACCGUACGCAAUCUUACGAUCGACCGCCUCGUCUUCACACGAUUCCGACAACCGCCCCAAGAAACGAUCAAGAAUUUCCUCCACGAUACCCUCAUCGCCGCCUCCUCCCCCAUCUUCGUCCCCGAUCAAGCCUCUACCCUCCAAUACGGACGGGUUGGACGAAGAGGCUGAACCACCGAGGAUCGAGAUUGUGGGCUUGAUUCGCAAAAAGAUCGUGUUCAGCAAACGGCCCGAACCGAUGAUUCAGGCCGCUAGUUCGGAUCCUGUAGGGCCGCCAACGAGUGAUGCACCUAUGGGACCGGAGGACGGGGAGCAGAGUGAUGGAGAUGAUGGAGAAGAACUUUAA